AUGGACAGGUCAGAAAUCAUGGUCGCAUCACACAGGCAGCAUCAAUCCGAGAAAUAUCCACGAUAUCACAAAGUCUUAGCUUCUGCAUCCUUGGCGAAAUAUGAUGCGGGAAUGACAGUCAUGGGCCCUUUAGCUCGCAAAGAGGCGGGAAACCAGUACUGCAAGGAGGGGAAGUGGCAUGAAGCUGCGGUGGAGUACACCAAAGGCCUUGAUGAGUGUGAUGAGAACAGCCCUCCGGAUCAGAGAGGACUUCUGCUUGCAAACCGGAGCCAGUGCUGGCUGAAGCUGAGUAAUUUUCAGAAAGGGCUGGACGAUGCCAACGCUUGUCUGGAACUGCUGCCAGAGCAUGUGAAGGCUCUCUUCCGCCGCGCGACUGCGCUGGAAAAGCUUGGGCGAGACACGGAGGCCCUGUCAGACUUCGCACGUGUAGCUCGUGUGGAUCCCGGGAACCGCAUGGCUGCAGAGGCGGCGAAGCGUCUCCGUGUGGCAGUAGCACAGCGCAGUGGGCAGGCCCUGGAGCAAAGUCUCCCCUCACGCCUGGCUGCGGCGCUUCGGACACCUUCGGCCCAGGAGGAGGUGCAACAGGACGCUUGCGAGAAGGUCCGUGCGGCAGCACUGCGGGGUGAGUCAUCCUCGCUUCUCAGCCAAGGUGUGUUGGAGGCAUUGCUAGACGUAGCCUUGGCUGAGCAGACUUCACCAGAACUUCGCACUGCUUGUCUUCGAAGCCUUUGCAUUAUCGCAUCGGGCAAGGAGCGUGAGGACUUUGAGAUGGAGGAUUCGCAGCAACGAGGGCAAGGAAACGAAGUGGUUUUGACACCGGCAGCAAAGGAAGCCAGGUCACGUCUCUCCAGCGCGCUCCGCGCAGAGGCCCAUUCCAAGCUGCGGCAUUUGGGACAGCGGUGCCGCGGAAAUAAAGGUGCUCUAUGUCAGCUUUGCCUUCUGAUGAGCUACAGUCAAGAACCAGAGGAUGAGGCAGCGCUUCAGCUGCUGGCAGAGGCUGUGGAUGACGACGAGACCACUGUUUGCAAGGCUGCGUUGGCAUCGUUGAAUGCGAUCUUCGACUCACGGCGCCGGCAGGGCACCCUAGGCAAAGCUGUUGUCUUCAGCCAGAGCCUUCGCUGCUGCUUAGAAGCUGCACUCCAAGUCACUGACCACGAGGAGCUUGUGCACGGCCUUCUGGCAGAGGUCUUCACCCUACUGGCAGACAACAACGACCGACCUGCUGAGCUCCAGGUGGACGUCCCAGGCAUCGGCAUACAGCUUCUGGAGCCUUUUCUUCAGUCCCAGGACGGCUUGCUGCGGCGCAACGCCCUGGCUGGGCUUGCCUGUCUUUUGGCCACUCGUGCCAAGGAUGCGGCGCUGAUCUUGCAGAUGUCUGCAGUCCCCCUCUCCACAGUUCUCAAUGCGCUGGCCCGACCAAUGCCAGGUCCAGAAGGCCGGGAGUCCCAGGGCCACGCAGCCGAGUGCCUGUUGCUGGCAGCCAGCGAUGCGAGGACGAGACAGCGGUGGAUUGACGGGGGAGGCAUUGAUGUUAUCCUCAAUGCGCUGAGUAACACAGAUCGCGGGAUUCGCCGUGAGUUGGUCGAUGCCAAGUUGGUGGCUGUGUUGGCCAUCAUGGCGGCUCACAGCAAGGAUGUGCGAGACGAGAUCUUCGACAGGGUGGAUUUCAUGAUGGAGCUGCGCUUUGCUGUGGAUGUGGCUGGUGAGCGUGCUCGUGCUGCAGAGACCAAGGAGCAACAGCGCCAGGCCCGACGCUUAUGUGCCGGCCUCUAUGAAAGUUUCGCGGUGCUUGCGAUGCAUGGGGAGUUCAAGGAGCAGCUCUCUGUAUCCAAGAAGACCUUGGGAGCCUUGCAGACAUUGGCCAAGGAGGAGGAUUUGGGGGAGGACCCAGCCAUUAGCUUCUACUUUGCCUCUCUCAUCUACAACUUCUGCAGGUCACGUGAUGACAAGGUUCGGAUGAAAACAGGCAACCCAAUGAUCGACGAGCUCAGCGGGGAGGACUUCAAGGCACUUGAGGACUUCUACCAACGGAUGCCCGCAGAAGCAAGACCGAUGCGAGCAGGCGAGGUGGACGCCGGCCCGCCUCGUCUGGCAACGCGCUUUCGCAGCUGGUGCGUGGAUCGAGGUGAUGCCACUGGUGCGGCGCCUAUCGUGGCAAAGCUUUGCCGCUGUGCGGCUGGCUCCUUGCAGACCAAGGUGCUCGUGGCUGAUUGCCUGAGGCUGCUGUGUGCAGACCAGAGCGAUCGGAAGAUCGUGGCUGCCAGCGGGGGGAUCCGGACACUCCUUGCCCUGUCAAACAUGCAACAGGACGUGCGCGAGGCCUUAUGCAACAUGACCAUGGCCGAGGAGGUGGCUGAGCGCUUUGCACUUGGAAGGGCUGAGAAUGAGCUCAACAUCUUUGGGGCCUUCUGCACUUCGGAGUUGGAACUGCAGCAAAGUGCUGCCACCGGAGCGCUGGCCAUUCUUGCUGGUCAUGAUGAGGUCGCGGUGCGUAUUGCCGAGUGCCAGCAAUGUCUCCAGGGCUUGUUGCAUGCGGUUCUGGACUCUGACCUUCCGGCUGUGGAGAUCCGUGCGGUGUCUGCUGUGGUGAGCAUCCGGCGGGCUGAGGGCAUCAGUGCAGAAACCAGGCGUGCCAUCUUCUCCGUCCUUCAGGAACGGCUGAGCCGCGGCGGCUUCGAAUCACUUGAUGCCCAAGAGUUGGCUGAAGAGGAAAUCAGGGAGGGCAGCUGA